UUUAAACUGGGCUACUGCCUACCACCUAAUCACUGAACAGAGGGCAGUGCCAGACAACUUGUCACCAGAAGAUCUGCUUAUUUCUUUACGGUGUCCUAUUUGUUUAUCAGACGUAUUGCACUGCCACUGGGACUAAAAUCUGAAAAUGAAUAUACCACUGAAGACACUUCUGAUCUUCGGCUUAUUGAUUGCACUAGUGUCUACACAAGAAUCUGGAAGUGGAGAUGGAAGUGGUGAAAUCCCAGAUACUUCAAUCCCAACCACCACAUCAGCAGAUACUAAUGAGACAGAUCCUCCUGCCACCACAACUACUACAACACAAGGUCCCUGUGCUUCCAGUCCUUGCAUUGGAGACAGUAGAUGUGAGGAACGGUUCGGGGGCUUGUUUGUUUGCAUCUGCCGUUCUGGGCUGGUUUACAGUAAUACAAGUGGCUGUAUUCAAACAAAGGUCUUCCCUGGUAGUUUAAGAUUGAUUGGCGAUUUUGAUCCGCAAAUGAGUGACAUGACGUCUGAGAAGUUUAGAAACACAGCAAACACAAUUGAGGAAAACCUCAGAGAAGUCUUUAAAGACCUCAGCGGAUACAUACAUUCUGCCGUUUUGAGUCUGCGUGAAGGCAGUAUAAUUGCAGAAGUGCAGAAUUUCUUUGACUUGAAAUCCAAUGCCACGACAGAAGAAAUUCAAUCAAAGAUUCAGGAUGCAAUUGAAAACAGCAUAAUAUUUAAUGCGUCUGAAUUUGAACAAAAGUCUGUGUGUGAUCUUCAAUCUUGUGACAGAAACACCACAACCUGUAAUGAACAGGUUAGUGGUGUUGCAAGUUGCACUUGCAGGGAAGGGUACGUUAAGUCACAAUCCACAUCUCAAGUCUGCCUUGCUUGUCCUAAUGGGGAAAGGGCGGUUGACACAGAAGAAUGUGAAAAGUGUCCAUUUGGGUUUGCUGGGUUCAACUGCAGUGAUCCGUAUCUUUUGGUUGUGGUCGUGGUCUCCACUGUUUUGGGUGCAUUUCUGAUCAUCUUUAUUGUGGCACUGAUAGUUGUAAGUUGCAGGAAGCAAAAGGAAAGCUCUUCACCCCAGGAAGACUUUAGCUUAAGUUAUGGCAAUAUGGAAUUACAUAAACCUACAGGAGUUCCCAGGAUCCCUCGGGCCAACCCUGAUGCCAGCUGGAAGUCUAAUAAUCUGGAGAUAACCAAUAGUGGGAGCAAUCAGGCACUGGUGACCAGAGAUCGCCCAGAGAGCAAAGCGCGCUAUUCUGAUCAUGAGGAGGAUGUGAGCUAUAGGGGUCAACUUCCCCCAGUGUACUCCGGUUAUGGUGGGAGAGGAGUGGAAAAUGGUGGUGUCCAAAACCCAUACUUUCGGCAAGAUGAUGACAGAAUGCGCAGAUAUUAACAUCUCUUGAUCAGGACAAAUCUCUGCAAUUGGAUGAUUUUUCAUUCUUCAUAUGGACUGAAUUACUUUUUUUAUUUCUGUGUUGACUAGAAUUCAAAGGUUAAUGAAAUGAAAUACAAAUACUACAAACAGUUUAUGCAUUUUUAUAUACAUCUUUCUUUAACCACAGGAACAGAAUUCAGAUUUCCUUUGUAUUUACAUUCUAUGGUAUUAGCUAAUCAAAUUCAGUUCGUGGGCAUCACUUGGUCUAAGCUUUUGCUUUAAAAGUGUUUGGACAAAAUGAACUGUUGAAUGAAAGCUGUGUUGCAGGGAUCUUAGCUUUUACAACAGCUCCUAUUCUACAUUUCAUUUUCUUUACCAUCUUACAAACUUAAAAUCAAUACUUUUUUGGUUUGUUGGUUCCAACAAAACAUUCUUUCAAAACACACUAAUGCUUCUAAUUUAGUGAAUGCUUAAGUCAGAUAUUUUCAUGUUUGUCUUUGACAAAUUUUUGGGUUUUAUUUGGUUUUAGUUUUGUUAAUCCUUGGGCUGGAACUCAGGUACUGUAUACAAAAUAAAUCUAAAUAAAUCAUUGUUUCUUUCGACAUUCAAGCAGUAAUACACCCAAUUUAUUCAAGAAGAGAAAUGAUGAUUAACUGUUCUAACUGUAGCUAUGAGAUUUGAUGUAUUAUGCCAUGACUAUGCCAGUUGAUGUAUUUUAUUACUAAUUAUUUAAAAAUAUAUAAUAAAAAGGUAUAAUUUUUUUUUAUAUUUAUAACAUGGAAUUAAUAAAGCAUUUGAUUUUUUAAAAAUAA